UCUGAGAGACGCUGGCGCUUGCAGACACACAACAACUCUACUAUACUCGCGGCUAGCUCUACCUUAUCUAUUCAACGCUGGUCAUAUCUUUCAGGUGCUGAUGCUGACUGGCUGGUUGGUUGGGAAAGCGACAAGUAAGGCGUUGCUGUUGAAGGCUGCAGAGGCGUGUGGUGUGGGUUGGGUCACACUUGCACUUUAAAAAGACACUUGCUGAGCGUUCAGAUCAGUCCAGGCAGAGAGGAACUUCAGUGUCUAAUUAUUUUUCCCCCUUUCCCAACUUUUUAUUCUUGUUACCGGCGUGCAUGCUAAGGGGGGCAGGCAUGGGGAAGUUUGCGUGCUUGGUUCUGUUACUGCUGCCAGUGCUGGAGCGCUGUGACGCUCUGCCACAAGACUGGCUGCCAGGGGAGUAUUUCAACACCACUGGCGAUGCACUUAAAUUCCUGAAUGACUACAACAGCACAGCAGAGGAGGUUUUCUUCUACAGCGUCUCAGCAAGCUGGAAAUACAACACCAACUUGACAGAACACAACUCCCAACUCCAGGUAAAUGCUUCCCUGGAGGAACAGGCCUUCACUGAGGCCUGGGGGCUCAAGGCCAAGAAGGUGUUCUCUCGGGAGCUGCUUGACUCCCUCCCCAACCCCAAUGAUAAGAAACUGAUGAACAAAGUUAUGGUCCUGGGAGCUGCCAACCUGCCUCCCACAGAGAGACAAGAGUAUAACACCAUUCUCAGCACCAUGGACAGUAUUUAUUCCACCGCUAAGGUGCAUCCACAGCCCAACGUCAGCUGGAGCCUGGAACCUCACCUAACAGACAUCAUGGCCAACUCCAGGAGCUACAAGAGGCUGCUAUAUGCUUGGGAGGGCUGGCACAACGCAUCUGGCGUCCCACUCAAGAAGCACUACCGCAGAUUUGUGGAGCUCAGCAACAAGGCCGCACAAGCUGAUGGCUUUAAGGACACUGGCGAUGACUGGCGCUCCUGGUAUGAGACCGACAACUUCCAGGAUGUCAUCGAGAAACUGUACAAGACAAUAGAGCCGCUUUAUCAGAACCUGCACGCAUUUGUGCGCCGCCAACUCUACAAUCAGUACGGACCCAAGUACAUCAACCUUCAAGGACCAAUCCCUGCUCAUCUGCUCGGAAACAUGUGGGCCCAGACCUGGAACAACAUCUACGGUUUGAUGAUACCAUUUCCUGACAAACCCAACUUGGACGUGACUGAUGAAAUGGUCAAACAAGGUUACAAUGCCACACACAUGUUCCGGGUUGCCGAGGAGUUCUUCACUUCUUUGGGUUUGGCUGAGAUGCCUCAGGAGUUCUGGGAAGAAUCCAUGCUGCACAAGCCCGAAGGUCGGGAGGUGGUGUGUCAUGCGUCCGCUUGGGACUUUUACAACCGCAAAGACUUCAGGAUCAAGCAGUGCACGACUGUGACAAUGGAGCAGCUCUUUACCGUCCACCAUGAGAUGGGCCACAUCCAGUAUUACCUGCAGUACAAGGACCAACCGGUGGGCUUCCGUCGCGGGGCCAAUCCUGGAUUUCACGAGGCUAUCGGCGACGUCUUGUCUUUGUCGGUUUCAACUCCAAAACAUCUGAAGACCAUUGGACUACUGGAAUCCGUGACUUCUGAUCCUAACUCAGACAUUAAUUACCUGUUAAAGAUGGCUCUGGAGAAGAUAGCCUUCCUUCCUUUUGGCUACCUCAUCGACCAGUGGAGAUGGGGCGUGUUCAGCGGGAAUACACCCCCAGAACGCUACAACUCUGAAUGGUGGUACCUCAGGACAAAAUAUCAAGGCAUCUGCCCGCCCACCAAGCGCACUGAGGAGCACUUUGAUGCCGGUGCAAAAUUCCACAUCCCUGGAAAUACACCUUACAUCAGGUAUUUUGUCAGCUUCAUCCUGCAGUUCCAGUUCCAUGAAAAACUGUGCCAGGCAGCCAAACACAAUGGACCCUUGCACACGUGUGACAUCUACCGCUCUGCAGAAGCAGGAGCAAUUUUAAAGAAAGUUCUUCAGGCAGGCUCCUCCAAACCGUGGCCUGUAGUGCUCCAAGACGCUCUAGGCACAAACAAGAUGGAUGCGGGAUCGCUGAUGAGAUACUUUGACCCCAUUAUUAAGUGGCUGCAAGAGCAAAAUGUCAAUGAUACCCUCGGAUGGCCCGACUUCAACUGGGUCCCACCUGUUCCUGAGGGCUACCCAGAGGAUAUUGAUAAGAACACAGAUGAGCUAGACGCAAAGCAGCUUCUAGAAGAAUACAACAGCACAGCUGAAGUGGUGUGGAAUGCUUAUACAGAAGCUUCAUGGGCCUACAACACUGACAUCAAUGAAAAAAACAAGCAGAAUAUGCUUGAGAAGAACCUGGUGAUGUCCUCCCAUACUCUAAGGUACGGGCAGCAGACGCGCCGGUUCGACACGGCUGACUUCCAGGAUGCAUCAGUCAAGCGCAUUGUUAAGAAACUCAGCGACAUCGAGAGGGCUGCGCUGUCACCAGCACACCUUGAAGAGUACAACAAUCUCCUGUCCAACAUGGAGACCAAAUACAGCGUAGCCGAGGUCUGCAGAGAAAACGGCCAAUGCCACCCGCUGGAUCCUGACCUCCAGAAGAUCAUGGCAGAGUCCAGAGACUACGAUGAACUGUUAUUUGCUUGGAAGGGCUGGCGAGACGCAGCAGGGAAAGUACUUCGCUCGGAUUACAAGAGAUACGUGGAACUGGCCAACCAAGCUGCCAGACUCAACGGUCACAGCGACAAUGGUGCUUUCUGGCGCUCCCUGUAUGAAACGCCGACAUUCGAGGAGGACCUGGAGCGCCUGUGGAAGCAGCUGGAGCCGCUCUACCUGAACGUGCAUGCCUAUGUUCGCAGGGCUCUGUACAAAAAGUACGGUCCAAAACGCAUCAACCUGAGAGGACCUAUUCCCGCUCACCUGUUGGGUAACAUGUGGGCACAGACGUGGUCUGGCAUCAUGGACCUGGUGCUGCCGUAUCCUGACGCCACGCAAGUUGAUGCCACGCCGGCAAUGGUGGCUAAGGGCUGGAAUGCAAAAAGAAUGUUCCAGGAAUCAGACAAUUUUUUCACCUCUUUGGGACUACUGCCUAUGCCAAAGGAGUUUUGGGACAAGUCCAUGCUAGAGAAGCCCACUGAUGGACGCCAAGUAGUUUGUCACGCCUCUGCAUGGGAUUUCUACAACAGAAAAGACUUCAGGAUCAAGCAGUGUACGGUGGUGACCAUGGACGACUUGAUCACCGUCCACCAUGAGAUGGGUCACGUCCAGUACUUCCUGCAGUACAAGGACCAGCCCGUGUCCUUCCGCGGUGGAGCCAACCCUGGCUUUCACGAAGCCAUUGGCGAUGUGUUGGCCCUUUCUGUGUCCACACCAAAACACCUUAAGAGUAUCGGCCUCCUGGACAAAGUAGAAAACAACCCUGAGAGUGACAUCAACUUCCUGAUGAACAUGGCGCUUGAUAAAAUUGCCUUCCUGCCUUUUGGUUACCUGAUGGACCAGUGGAGAUGGAAGGUUUUUGAUGGACGCAUCCCAUCGUCUGAAUACAACAAAGAGUGGUGGAACCUCAGGAUGAAGUACCAGGGCUUGUGUCCGCCUGUAACCCGCACAGAGAACGACUUUGACCCGGGCGCAAAGUUCCACAUCCCUGCUAACGUUCCCUAUGUGAGGUACUUUGUCAGCUUUAUUAUCCAGUUUCAGUUCCACAAGGCCCUGUGUGGCGCUGCCGACCACGUGGGGCCCCUGCACACGUGUGACAUUUACCGGUCCAAGAAGGCUGGGAAGCUGCUGGGUGACGUCAUGAAGUUAGGCUUCAGCAAGCCCUGGCCUGAAGCCAUGAGCAUGAUCACGGGACAGCCCAAUAUGAGCGCCGAGCCCCUUAUGGAAUAUUUCAGACCUCUCAUUAAAUGGCUGGAGGAAGAGAACAACAAGAACGGCGAUAUCCGCGGGUGGCCUGAUUACGACUGGAAGCCUUCAAGUGCUGAGGUUGUGACCCCAGCCAGCACUGUGGACUUCCUGGGAAUGAGCGUUGAGAGUGCAGCCGCCAUCGCAGGCCAAUGGGUCCUGCUGGUCUUGGGUCUGGUCCUGUUGGUGGCCACCAUCCUCCUGGCCUUCAAGUACAGGAAGUCAAAAAAGUCCGGCAGGUCAUUAUCGACGAUAGAGCUCAAGCAAAAAGACUAAAACGGCUAAUGUACUUUUUGUACAGUAACAACCCUAAUGUGAAAAUCAGUGUUUUGUCAUGGCGUGUACAGUGCACAUGGUCACAUUUGCUUGGUUUUUGUCCGCCUCCCUCAUAUGUCUUGUAUAUUUCUUGUAUACACUUGGAGUCCAAUUAUGUUUGUCUAUGCAAAAGAGCAUUUUGUAAUUUAUUUGUAAUAUGUUCAUAUUUAGGGAGGAACUAUUUGUAAAGUUAUUGAUCGCGUGGACAUAUUUGUGUUUCUUAUUUCUACAAUAAAAACAUACAUAUAUAUGUA